UUUCCGAAUCCUUCCAUUUGAUUGGUCCAAAGUGAUCACAUGGUUCGAAGACAUACAAACAUGGACGAACGGUGAAGAAAUAAAACAUUUUGUAUUUGGGAGGAAAUACUUAGCUUUUUAAUCGUUCUACGUAUGGCUGAAGAGGUCGACUUCAACAAAUUACCACUGGAAGAAAGAGUCCAACAUAAGGUUAGCAUUACAUAUGUACUUUUCGGUUGAACACUGUAAAAAAUGAAACAAUUCUGUGUUUGUCAAAACUCCGAAGUUAUUGAAACUUCCCAGUAUUUUAUAUACAGAAUACGACUGUUAUAAUGCCAGUUAUGACCCGGUGUCAUAGAUAAUUGUAAUAGUUGACCUAAGACAAGCAUAAUAGCGACAAAUGUAGCCAUGUGUUUAUAUGGAACUUUUUAUGUCGCCUACUGGAAGAUCCCUCGACCUCACUUGACAUAUUCUGUAGCUGUGACCACUUUUGGAUCAAUUGACAAGCUUUGAUAAUAAUAUACAGGGUGUAUAAUAUCACAGGAAUCUGAGUCACUUGAUAGAACUAUUGAAAUGUUGACCUUCACACCAGAUAAUUUUCUCAAUCAUAAAGAGCACAUUUCCAGUAGAACAUUGCAGAACUUUAGUUCAAAAGUGGUCACAAGGUAGUGCUUUGUGCCAGAGGCCAGAGUUCUACUGGAGAUCCGGCAUUUUUUUGGUCAACUGGAGUGGAGGUGCUUUUACCUAGCUCCGGCUGGAAAGUGAGUUUACAAGAAAUGUGACAAUUUUGUAGAAUAAUGGCAAUAUUGAAUCUGUCAAAAGUACAUAGAAUCUGAAGUCACAUGUGUUUUGUCAAACUGUUUUGCCAUUUUCAGCUACUGAAAAUGGCCAAAUAGUAUUUAAUAGCUUCAGAGUUUGCACAGCAGACAUGAGGUGUCCAGAAAGUUCCAGACUGUAGAGUAGGGCAAUAGACAACUUGCAUGUUAGACUAAUUUUUUAUUUAGGCAAAAAAAAGUAAAUUCCCGUAAAGAAUUUAUUAAAAUCAGUAAAAUCGCAAAAUUUGGUUACGAAAUGUUGUAAAAUACAGAAAAUAUAGCCUUGCGAAGUUUGCAUAUUUUCAGUAUGUUUGUAUUACGUGCGGAAAUUGUUACCAUUUUUGAGCUGAAAAUGGUAACAAUUUCCGCAUGUAAUACAAAUAUACUGAAAAUAUGCAAACUUCGCAAGGCUAUAUUUUCUUUAUUUUACAACAUUUCGCAACCAACUUUUGCAAUUUUACUAAUUUCAUUAUUUUCUUUUUAACUGUUGUGUCUGAUUCCUUUCUCUUUACUUAGAUUAAAAUUUAGUCUAACAUGCAAGUUGUCCAUUGUGCCCCCGAGAUUUUUUACGUCACAAAUUUUAGCACCCCCGAAAUAUAUUAUGCAACAAUUUUCCAUGCACUAUCCGCCCAUCAAUAUGGGUAACAUUCUUGUACUGGGAAUCUUAAAAAAGCAUGUAUAUUUUCCUGCGUAUAUUAACACAUACAGUUCUUGAAUAUAGUCUUCAAUGCCAUACACAUACAGGUUGCUUAUUAGUGGUUAUGAAAUAUGAUUUAUGUAAUAUAAAAUUAUUAACCUCGUGGUUAAUAGCCUAAUAUAGUCGUGUGACUUAAGAUUUACACUAUAUCUCAUAUUUACCCAAAUGUAUUUUGAUAUGUUUAUGUUUAGAUUAUGAAUUAUUAAUGCUUGAUUCGGAUGCAGACAAAGGGUCAGCCAUGUUUUCCUUUUGGGGGCUUAUUAUUUAUUUCCUGUGUGUCUGCACAUAAAUUAAGAAGCAUGUCUCAGGGCAUUUUUUAACCAUAUAACUACUGGGGCAUUUACCCCAGUAGACCCUUCGCUUCCCCCAGUAGUGAAGUAUGAUUUCAGAUGAACUGGGCCCUUUUGAUCAUUAUAGUAAAAGGUUAGCCUGCUCGCAGCCCGAAAAUAAAUAUUCCAUAGUUGGACUGAAUUUUGCAACAAGAUCACUUGAUGUUACUGGAUGUUGAUGUGAUUUUACUAUGCCGCAGUCCUGAGUUGACUUGCGAAGAAAACAAAAAAGAUGUGAAACAAAUUAAGCCAUUUUCUUCUUGUUUCAGCAUUGACUGUCCUUUGGGAGGCUGGCCACCCAAAGGCCACCCCUGGGACAUUUUUGUGCCCCUGCCCCCAAGAUUUUUCAGCUUUCCGCCCCUGAAAUCUCGGCGAAAACGGAUGUACUCAGGAGUCUGGAGAAAGUUUGUCACGUGAUACAUAAAAUGAAUCGUGAAUGUGCAAAUCUCGAGUGACAAAUUUACCACUUUAUCAGUUUCAAUACUAUGCAAGACAACAAUAUAAAUUAUUUUGGAAAAUAUACCCUCUGUAAACAUGCACAACAUCUAAAAUUUGCAUGUACAGUAGUUGUUUAUUCAGCCCUUGAAAGUGACGCCAUUACUAUAAUUAAACAUCAUGGUUUUUACCAAUUUAUCACAUGGGAAAUCUAUAAUAAGUAAUAACCAGUAAUGGUAUUAAGAGUUCAGUUUUUACAUCAAUGGAAUUACCGUCAAAAUUUUACAGAUUUACUUUGAUAAAGAUGCAAUUGAUUGCUUUUAUUUAAUUUAACAUUCAGGCUAUGUUUACACUGUAUCGUAUAGCUUUCUGUAGUGACAUGAAAAAACACCUAUCCGUACCUUUUAGGAACGCUAUUUUCAGAGGAAUUAUUGCAACAGAGAGAUGUUGUUUCGCUCAGCUUCCGAAAGUUGUACAUUCUGUAUUGUAUAGACAUAUAGGUGCUUUUUCAUACUGCUACAGAAGGCUAUCCGGUAUAGUGUAACCAUAGCCUUCAGGCCCGUUUACACAGGCAAUUUUUGCUGCAAUUUUAUUUGCGAUUUUCUCCUCUGAGUAAUUCCAUGCCAUUUCAACACAAAAAACUGCUUUGACACCCACCCUCUCCAAAUUUCUUUAUAUUUCGCAGACAGUUAACAUUGUGUGGGAAUAGUUUAAGUUCAAAAUUUAAGCAUCGUGGCUGCAAUAGUUUUUGAGAUAUCGCAAUUUGAAAUAUGGCCCGAAAAGCAAAAAAGUGGGCGUGGCCAAUGCUAAAUUCACCAUUACUCUAUUUUACAUUUUGACCUGUAACUUCAUACCCGUACAUGGUAUAUCCAUCAAAAUUUACACAAAGAUGUAUUUGUAUGUGGAGAUUUCAAAUAUUGCACUUUCAUCUUUGUAUCUGCAACCAGUAAUGUGUUAUGGCACAGCAAAAAGUCUAAUUAUGUGUUUCUGAAGACACUAAAUAUACAUCAUCUUUAUUGGAAAAAAUUUUAUGGAAGCCAUACAGACACAACAGUAAUUUUUAUUCCACAUCAUAUCCACAUGCUAUUCUACUUUUAAGCAAAAUUUGGUGAAACGAACUUUUGGUUAUGCUGCCGAACUUUUGGUUAUGCUGCCGUAAUGAAACGAACUUUUGGUUAUGCUGCCGCUAAAGUUUGGAAUGAAAGAAAUAAAAUUUUUAUAUAAUCUUUUCACAUAUAAAGGUGAGAAAACAAAGUAUCACCUCCGAGAUAUUUCAAGUGGUCUUUGUCUACCACAACCGCGUACUAAUAAUAUGAAAGGAAGUUUCAUGUAUGACGGGGCACACCUAUGGAAUUCAAUUCCAAAAGAAAUUAGAGAGAGCAAAUCCCUUUCUGCCUUUCGGAAAAAAAUCGUUACUCACAUUGACUGAUUGAUUAAUGAUUUGUAAAUAUAUCUAAAUUACUUUAACUUAUUUAAUACUAUAUAUCUUAUAUAAUUUUGUAAAUAGCUUUUUAGUGUAUCUGUAUAGUUUGCACACGCCCCCCGUGGAAAUCAGCUUCGGUUGACGGGGUCAGCGUGUUUAAAUAAAGUUUUUCUAUCUAUCUAUCUAUGGUUAGUUGCCUGCUUUAAAAAGUAGAGCCCUUUAAAAUUGUCGUAUUUUCUAAAUAACUUUAAUAGUACGUUUUGGGUGUUUGUUAAGAAAUGAGACUGCAAAAUACUUUAAUGUUUCAUUCGAUCCUUCUUUAUUGAUAGUGCGUAUUUAAAAUUUGUUUUAAAAGUUUAAAAAUUACAUAUUUAUUAAUAGUACAUACACAAAAAGAAUAUCAAUGGAUCAAAAGUAUGCAAUACAAUUUAUUUCUUAUCUACCCCUGCUCGUGAACCAAUUGUACUUUCAGUGAACUCUUUUAUUGUAUGCUUGUAAGAUGAUGAAAAAUGGCUUGAUUUGAUUGAAGAAGUUGACAAUGAUCAAAGAAAUGCAAAAAUUAAUAAGGUUUAUGCACCCAAAGUGCAUCGCAAGAUCAUAUUUCUGACCAAUAAGAGGAUACUUGUUAGCGAUUGACCGAUAAUUGCGUCGUGUACUCGUGUCAGCCAUACGUUUCAACGGAAACUCUUAAACAUCUUUAUCGAGCUUCAGUCCAACCACACUUUGAUUACUGCUUGAUGAUUUGGGGUAACUGGGGCGAAUCUUUAAGAGGCAAUCUUCAGAAACUCCAAAACUGAGCUGCAAAAGUUAUUACAGGUGACUCAUAUGAAAUACGCUCCAUAGAUAUUUUAAAGAAACUAGAUUGGAAAACGUUAGGUGAAAGAAUGACGGAGCAACGACUAAAAUAUGUAUCAAAAGCACUUACAUGCCAAUUUCACAAAAACAUUUCGGACAUGUUUAAACUAUAUAAUUCAGAUCGAUAUGAAUUAAAAAAUAACAAAAAUAAGUUGAUGUUGUUGAAGCCAAAAACAAAUUCAAUGAAACGAACUUUCGGUUAUGUUGCUGCUAAAGUUUGGAAUGAAAGAAAUAAAAUUUUUAUAUAAUUUUAAUUUUAUCUGGGUGGGGUUGGAGUAAAUAAUAAACUUUGAAUAUCUUUCUAAUAUUAUUUGGAUGGUUCGGGGAGGGUGAGUGCAUGGGAAUCUCUUAUACUGUCUGUAAGUACACGGCCUAGUGAAAAGUAACGACAACCUUGCUAAUAUUUUUUUUUAGUUGAUUAGCUACCGUGUUACAAGAUGUUUUUAAUAAAAAAAAUAAAUAAAAAAUUAUAAUCGGAAUCGGACCGAUUUUUGCUUAUCGGUAGACAAUCGGAAUCGGUAGAAUAAUUUGUAUUUUCCGAUUGUGUAAAACCGAUUGUUGAGAAAAUACGCACUUUAAAAAUCAUAUAUAUUGCGCGGUGAUACACGUUGAAUGCACUUUUUUAUGUGAAAACAACAACUGUUUAAUCUCUUGCGCGAACGGUAGCGUGUUGCAUAGUAGGUGUGGAGCAAACCGUUGAGAUACGUGAAGCGUGUCAUUUAUGUACAGGUUUAACGAACUUUGGUUGCUACUAGUAACAUGUUACGUUGGAAAUUAUCAUUAAAAUCUCGAAAUGGAUUAUGACGUCAUAGAAAAUCAGAAUCGGGUAUAUUAUUGGAUGAAUAAUUGAUAAUAAUUGGUCAAUCACUGACUUGUUGGGUUUCGGAUGAGAACAUUAUUUCUAACAUUGGUGUUCCGAACAAUAGUCACUGGGAGGCAGUACAAACUGCGGCUUAAAGACCAAGAAGUCUUAUGCACAUUCAUGGAUAAACAGUAGUGAUCUCUAUAUAUACUGCAUCGAUUUUGAUCAAAGGCAACUUGAUACAAGAAAUAACAGUUACUCUUGGAGAACAUAAUGUACUAUUAAAAAGGAAUGAUAGAAUCAAACAUUAAGCUAUUUGGCAGUCUCAUUUCUCAAUGAAUGUAUUUUAUUCUUAACAAACACCCAAAACGUACUAUUAAAGUUAUUUAGAAAAUACGACAACUUUAAAGGGCUCUACUUUUUAAAGCAGGCAACUAACCAUCACCAAAUUUUGCUUAAAAGUAGAAUAGCAUGUGGAUAUGAUGUGGAAUAAAAAUUACUGAUGUGUCUGUAUGGCUUCCAUAAAAAAUUUUCCAAUAAAGAUGAUGUAUAUUUAGUGUCUUCAGAAACACAUAAUUAGACUUUUUGCUGUGCCAUAACACAUUACUGGUUGCAGAUACAAAGAUGAAAGUGCAAUAUUUGAAAUCUCCACAUACAAAUACAUCUUUGUGCAAAUUUUGAUGGAUAUACCAUGUACGGGUAUGAAGUUACAGGUCAAAAUGUAAAAUAGGGUAAUGGUAAAUUUAGCACUGGCCACGCCCACUUUUUUGCUUUUCGGGCCAUAUUUCAAAUUGCGAUAUCUCAAAAACUAUUACAAGAUACAAGAUACAAGAUUUAUUUGCUCCUUUCAAAUUGCAAUUUAUAUACACAAAGAAAUUAUUUAAAUUAUAGUUAACAUUAUUAUUAGUAAAAUAUAUUUGUGAUCUGUGACUAAUUGUUUUAUAAUUUUUGAGAAGAUUUGAAAGAGAGCUGGCUCCCUGAAAUAACCACAGGGCUAUAUAAAUAUCAGGAAACCAAAUAAAGGACGAAAAAAUUAUGAAAAUUGACAAUAUAUAGUUCUAUAUCAAAUAUAUUUAAAAGAUCGAGAAAGGAGUCCUGCAUGACUCCCGAUAACGUAUAUAGAAAAAGUUGGAGUUGGAAACUGAAUCAAUACUUUCCAAGAAAAUCGAUUCUAAUUUUAUAUUUAAUUUGAGAAAUCGGCAAGUCUUUAUAUGAUUCAUGUAAAGAAUUCCAAAUUUUAGCGCCUUGAUAUUUGAUAUUGAAAAUUCCGAAAUUUGUUCUUGCUUUUGGUAGUAUAUAUGUUAAUUUAGAAGCAAGCCUCGUAUUUUGAGAAUGAACAUUGCACACAGGAGUAAAGAAAUUGUUGAACGUUGGUGGCAACAAGUUGUUAUGAUAUUUGUACAUGAAAAGAACCACGUGUAGAUUUAGAAGAUCAGUCAACUUAAUAAUAUUCAACUGUUUGAAAAGUGAGCUAGAGUGGGCAUCAAAUUUAGAGAAUGUUAUAACACGCACAACCUUUUUUUGGAGUAUAAUUAAAGGUUUGACAGUUGAGGAAUAAACAUUACCCCAUAUGAUUAAACCAUAUGUUAUAAAAGGGUAAAUUAAAGCAUAAUAUAAAUUAACCAGAAUGUUGCUAUCUACAUAAUAUCUAAGUUUAGACAAAAUUCCUAUACUUCUUUUAAUCUUUUUUGAAAUGAACGUAAUUUGUUUUUUCCAAGUUAAAUGAGGAUCGAAAAAAACACCAAGAUACUUUAUGUGAUCUACUUGUUUAAUGACUUUAUUUCUUACCGAAAGUUUUAUGUCUGUUAGUAUAUUUUUCUGAUAAGGAUGAAAUAUAAGAAAGUUUGAUUUUUCAACAUUAAGUGAUAACCUAUUAGCACAUAACCAAGUAUCUAUAUUACUUAAUUCUAUAUUUAUAUUGGUUUCAAGUUCAAGUAAGCAUCUAUUUUUGCAAAACAAAUUUGAAUCAUCAGCAAAAUGAUGAGAAUCGAAAAAAUUAGAGCACUUAUGAAAAUCAUUGAUGUAUAAAAGAAAUAAGAGGGGUCCUAGCACUGACCCUUGGGGAAUUCCGCAAGUGAUGUCAUAUAGAUUAGAUGAAAUAUUGUUUAUUGAGAUGAAAUGUUUCCUAUCCGUUAGAUAAGAAUCAAACCAUUUUUUGGCAAUCCCACGAAUUCCGAGUUUUUCUAACUUUUUCAGUAGUAUUGUAUGAUCAACCGUGUCAAAUGCCUUACUAAAAUCCAGGAAAAUCCCACAAGAGUAUUGUUUCUUUUCAAUUGCUUGUUGAAUUUUAUCAACUAUAGAAAGAAUAGCAUGCUCAGUUGAAUAAUGAGAUCGAAAACCGAACUGAUUAUCAUAAAGAAUAUUUAAAUUCUCAAGGAAACUACUAAGUCUGUUAUACAUGAGUUUUUCCAGUAAUUUGUUAAAAACAGAAAGAAGAGAAAUUGGUCGAUAAUUAUUUAUAUUAAUUUGUAACCCCUUUUUGAAUACUGGGAUAACCCUGGCGAUCUUAAACUUACUGGGUACUAUACCUGUAGCGAAAGAAGCAUUGAACACAAUUUCCAGGGGUUUCGAUAUAAAUUGUUUCAAGAUUUUAAGAAUAUUUAUAGGAAGGCUGGAGGGCCCUGUUGCUUUACCAGGUUUCAGAGUUGUUUGCAGCUACGAUGCUCAAAUUUUGAACUUAAACUAUUCCCACACAAUGUUAACUGCCUGCGAAAUAUAAAGAAAUUUGGAGAGGGUGGGUGUCAUGCCUGUGUUGAAAUGGCAUGGAAUUAGUGAAGGAGUAGAUUACUUAAGAUGUUGUUAUAAGAUUUCAUAACCAGGAAAAAUUAUAACUCAUCUACUCCUUCACAUCCUCCAAAAGGAGAAAAUUGACCUAAAAUAGCAGCAAAAAUUGCAGCAAGAAUCGCCCGUGUAAACGGGCCUUUAGGCAGAACUUUAUUUCUUUUGCUAGCUAUAGUGCCCAUCAUCAUUUUUGUCGCCCAAAAUUGUGUGAUUUCUUAGUGUGACAUAAUAUUAAUUCGUGCUUGACUUUAACGUGCCUAUAUCAUGGUUUUGGAGUUUGCUAUCUCGAAAGUUUAGGGUAUUUUAAGACACUUUGCAAUAUAUUUUGUCAUUGAAAAAUUUCAUUUUGAUGGAUUUAUUAGCUCUUAAAAUUACCGGACAUGACGUCAAAAGGAGAAUUGCAAAUCAGUUUUCCUUUGUAUUAUUGCAACAAAAUUCUCCUUUUGAAGUCAUGUCCGGUAACUUUGAGAGGUAAUAAAUCCAUCAAGAUGAAAUUUUUCAAUAACAAAAUAUAUUGCAAAGUGUCUUAAAAUACCCCAAACUUUCGAGAUAUGCAAACUCCGAAACCAUGAUAUAGGCACUUUAAGAUGUGAAGAUAAUAUUACUUUCUUUAGGUUUGGAAAGCGAGAGUAAGUGGUUAUGAAGGAUGUGUAAAGCAUUUCAAGACAAUUGAUGAUGAGAACAGCAAUGAAUUUUCCAAAUAUGUUAGUCUGUUAAAGAAAUUUGUUGUGGAUAGCAAUGCAGUCGCACAAGAGAAAGGUCUCGAUGCUGUCUUGACAUUUGUGGAAUGUGCUUCACCAACAAUUUCUGGCAGGUAUUAA